CUAUUGGAUUAAGGCCUUGGUGUAUUUUCAGCCAAGAGGGCUUACGGGAUCUCUGACAAACAUGGUCAUAAUCCUUCCAGAGAACAAAACGACUCAUUUCUCGUGAUUAUACAAAAACAAAAAAACAGUACUUGAAUCUCAGGUAUGCAUUUGCAUGCUUUGCUUAUGAUAAUUAUCUUAAGUAAUAUUAAUAUCUGUCAGAUUAACAUCUGUGGAAGUCUCUGAUGCUACUAAUCUCUCUCCCUCCCCGUCUCUCACUUUCACUCACCCUCUCUUUCUGUCUCUCAAUAGGAUUAUGACGGUGGGUUGGUGUAGAUUAGGUGGUCUGUUCGCCGUGUCCUCAAAUCUUUCAGACUGGAGAGUAAAUAAACACUGCCAGAAUGAUGUGAGACUGUCUGGUGUUGUUUUAACUCUGUAAUCUCCGAGAGCGGGACCCGUGGUGAAUCUAUCGAACCUGAAGCCGCGUUGAUCCGAACUCAUGAUCGGUUCGGUUCCGAUCAGCAGCGAUUCUGAGGACAGCGAGACGCCGUCACUGAAGAAGCUGUCAUGGUGGACCUGUUCCUGGGGAAGGUUCUGGUGAAGAACAAUAAAGACAAAGACGAGCUGGACACGGAGCGCGAGAUCAUUCUGCGGCUCCAGAACCGCAUCCUCAUGCUAUUCUUCGGCUCCGGCGAGUGCGAGAAGUGCCAGGAAUUUGCACCGACGCUCAAAGAUUUCUUCAAGAAGCUCACGGAUGAGUUCUAUGUGGAGCGAUCAGCUCAGCUGGUCCUGCUGUACAUCUCGCUGGACUCGUCCGAGGAGCAGCAGGAGAAGUUCCUGAAGGAGCUGCCCAAACGCUGCCUGUUCCUGGCCUACGAAGACCCCUACAGACAGGAGCUGAGCGUGAUGUUCGAGGUGCAGGAUCUGCCGAGGGUUGUGGUUUUGCGUCCGGACUGCUCUGUUCUCACACCCGACGCCGUGGAGGAAAUCUGUAAGCUGGGGCCAGACUGCUACCGCAACUGGCAGGAAGGGGCGGAGCUUAUCGACAGGAACUUCAUGAUGAAUGAGGAGUUCGACGAGGGCAAAAUGCGCAGCAUGACCGACCCCAUCCGACGUAUCAAAUACAAGGUGGAGGACAAGAAGAAGAAGAAAAAGAAAAAGAAGAAGGACGGGGUGAGUGUGGAGGAGGAGGAGGAUGACGAGGAUGGAGAGGAAGAUGGAAAUGGAGGAGGAGGUUGGGGCUGAGGUUAGGACAUCUGAUGCUCUAAUAACUUUUAGCAAAAUGAAAGACGAGUGAUCUACAGCAGUAUCUCAAACCUUUCGUCUCCAAAGCCCAUCGUUGUCCACAACAAUAUGUGAAGGCUAGUAUGUUUUCGCUGGAAAGACAAAAAUGCUUUUAUUGCAAGAAACUGUGUGAACAGAUUAAAAUAAGACACUAAAUGAUUGGUUUCUUCAGUUUUCCCGCUCUUUCUGACCAAUGGAUUUCCAGGGGCCAGUUGUUCAAAAGUGAUCUGACUGGAUUUUGGCCAUCGGAUUGGAUAAAAAAAGGAUUAUUCUGAUGCCAGCACAAGGGUGGAUUUCAGGAACAAAAAUGUAAUAAAACUUCAAAACUGGUCCAACAAAUACAACUCUAAACAUGUAGUAUAUCCCUAAAUCACAGCUGUCAAUAUCAAAGAAAAAUAUUAUUUUUAAUUUAAAGAUUUUAUUUAUUUAUUUAAAUCGCUGAUUGUAAACUACACUGGUACAAUCAUCAGAGAUGGACCAGUCAGAAGUAGUUAUUUAUGUAAAUGCAAUGCAAAACUAGAAUGCAAAACAUUGGCUUCUUUCCCCAAAAAACAUCUGGAAAUAUCUGGAUUUUUAGUUAUUUUUAAAUAAUUUAAGAUCCUCUUGAGUCAGCUGAAGUCUACUGAAGUCCCCGUGUUGAGAAAAACUUGACUACAGUGGCUGCUGAAGUGAUUGACGCUUGUGCUCUAUUUCAGGAUCCAUUACUUCAAAUCUGAUUUUUAUAUUUCCAGGUCAUUGGUGUACAUGUAUAAUUAUACUCUAUCACUAUGAGGAUCUUUAGAUGACUGGCGAAGCAUGAAUGUACCAUAAACGUUUUUUUGUUGUUUUUAACAUGCAUGCUUUUAUCAACACUUGC